AUGUUUACUGUGAUGGCAGCCAAGGCAGAAUUCAUCCAGGCGCGCUUCUCUGGAGAUUGAUAUCUACUUAAAGCCCAGAAGGGACUCGCAGAAAGAUGGACGGGAGAGCAAACAAACACAGGACAUCACCAGCACAGACAAACAAAUCUGAACAAAGCUACAAAGACAAACAAUAACCGCACUUACAAACCUACUUCUCGCCAAUCAGUAUACACCUACACCAGACACUACACACAGCUCUACAUUAUCUGACUCCAUCAUCUACCAAAAAAGCCAUCCAAUAGCACAACUCCUUACAACACCCCUUCUCCCCUUCAGCCCUUACGCCUACCUUGAAACUGACAAUCAUGCUCCAGCUUAAGCAGCUGCUCAUUCUCCUCCCGCUCCUGCCGUAUGCGGCGGCACUUCCCACCUUUGGUGCGGAACGUGGGCUUGGAUACGCCGAAGCAGGAACCGGGGACGGACUUGGCUCGCUGGACGCGUCGGUGCUGGCCCUCGAGGCACGGCAAAACGGGGCGGACGGUCUCGACAACCAAGACCUAGAAGACGUGGCCCCUUUGCGCAAAAGGGCGGGUGGUACAAACAAGGCAGCGGGCAAGCAAAAGGUGACGACGGCCCCGGCCCCGAAAUCCCCACCACCAUCAUCGUCAUCAAACGCGAUUACACCACUGCAGCGUUCGGCAACGGCACCCGUGGCGCCAUCGCAGCCCAAGCAGCAGCAGCAGCAGGCGGCGGGACCUGCGCCGCUGCAGCGCACACAGACCGCAAAGCCGGACCUCAACAAGGCGCUGCCGAUGCCGCCGUUCCCAAAGAACCCGGUCGCACUCCCGCCGAUGGUGGACACGGCCGAGAACUCGCCGAUACCGAAGCCGCUGAGCAUCCCGAGCAAAAAGCCGCUGCCGCCGACUCCGCUCCCCGGGACCGAGGGGAAUGCACCGCCGCCGCCGCCCAAGGGGCCAACGGGCCCGGCGCAGCCCCCACAGCGGCCGCCUCGCCCGACGGAUCCCAACGUCCUGCCGCCCGGUGGGUUUUUCUGAGCGGUCGGCGUGGCGGCCGAUAGACGAACACAGCUUG